AUGAAUUGAUUAAUCAAAGCUUCUUCAUCUUCAUCCCAUCUUCUUCAUCAUCAUCAUUCUCUCUCUCUCUCUUCCUCCUCUGUCUUUCUCUCUGAUUAUCUGAUGUUCAAUAUGUAUCGGAUUCCGACGUUCGAUUCCUGAGAAGUUUCGGUCGAAGAAGCAAUUUCUUUCACUUCCUCAUCCUUUGGCAGACCGAAGCCAUUGGAUGCUCGCCGGUGCUAAAGUGGAAGAAUGAGUAACCGUUCGUACGAGCUGGCGAGGCCUGCCUCAGGCAAGAAAAGACUAAAAGAUUUGCUGCUCCAAAGUGAUAACCGCGUAUGUGCAGAUUGUGGUGCGCCAGAUCCUAAAUGGGCGUCGGCAAAUAUUGGAGUUUUUAUAUGCUUAAAAUGCUGUGGUGUUCACAGAAGUUUGGGCACCCAUAUCUCAAAGGUUUUAUCUGUAACGUUAGAUGAUUGGUCUGAGGAAGAGAUUGAGGCCAUGAUUGAAGUUGGGGGAAAUUCUUCUGCAAAUUCUAUAUAUGAGGCUUUUAUUCCUGAAGGGGUCUCAAAACCUCGACCUGAUUCCAGUCAUGAGGAGCGCUCAAGGUUCAUCAGGUCCAAAUAUGAGCUUCAAGAAUUUUUGAAGCCUAGCUUGCGAAUUUCAUCCAUACCGACGGGAUCGGGAAGAAGCACUCUUCAGUCAAGUUUCUCAAGAAAAAUUAUGGAUAGUUUCAGAAGUUCAAAUACUUCACAGAAGUUGGAGGGCAUGGUGGAAUUUAUCGGCGUGCUGAAGGUGAAAGUGGUAAAAGGCACUAAUUUAGCCAUCAGAGAUAUGCUGUCAAGUGAUCCUUAUGUGAUUCUGACCCUUGGGCAGCAGACGGCUCAAACGACAGUGGUAAAAAGCAACUUGAACCCAGUCUGGAAUGAGGAGCUUAUGUUGUCUGUUCCUCAGCACUUUGGGCCCUUAAAAUUGCAAGUUUAUGAUCAUGACACGUUCUCGGCAGAUGACAUAAUGGGGGAGGCAGAGAUCGAUCUCCAGCCAUUGAUCACAUCGGCUAUGGCUUUUGGGGACGCAGGGAUGUUCGGGAAUAUGCAGAUUGGAAAGUGGCUCAAGUCUCACGACAAUGCCCUCAUAGAAGACAGCACUGUGAACAUAGUGGACGGGAAGGUGAAGCAGGAAAUCUCCCUCAAGCUCCAGAACGUCGAGUCCGGCGAGAUUGAUAUCGAGCUAGAGUGGACGCCCCUCGAUCAAUAGGUAUGAAAAUUUGAACGGAUUGUUUUUGUCCCCCAUUUUUUUUCCCUUUUUGUUCGUUCAUUAUAUAAGCCAGAAUAAACUAUGCUGUAACGAUUCCCUUUUACAGUGUAUUUAUUGAAUUUUUGGAUUCAAUCUUAAAUUAUGACGACAAUAUAUUGGAGCAUAUAAGCAGGAACUGCUUGUAUCAUUGAGUUAAUGAAAGUGCCCCCUGAAUUUUGUAUC